CUGAGUGAAGGCCUGAGUGAACGCUUCCAUGAGUUAAGAACACCGUAAUUUGUGUUUGCAUAAUACGCAGAUAAUUGUAUUGAAAACUCUUAUAAUGGACCAGCCGUACUAUAACUUAGCACUGAUUUCGAUAUAGUUUUAUUUUGACUGAAAAAUAAGCAUAUUAUUCCGUAGCUACAAUGGCCGACACCCGUGUGCUUCCCAGUGGUAAAGUUUACCGGCAGAUGUUUGACGCUCAGGUUCAGCUGUCUCUGGCUCUCUUUGACUCGCGGAGGAAGCGCGUCGAGGAUGAGGGCGACGGUCUGCUCAGUGGAGACGCGGCGGACUCCGCAUCACAGCAGCUCAAUGGGACGAUCAACAUCGCCACACGGAACACACUUUACUCUGGUGGUGAAAGAAAUGAGGACCAGGAUGAUAGUGAGGAGGUUUGGGGUCUUCCAGACACUGUUGUUCCAGAGAAAAAAACCUCAGACAUCAUUGAUCGUCUUGCAGAGAAAAGGCGAAGGGAUCACAACGAAGCUGUUUGUCAGUUGCAGACAGAACUCUCCAGCAUCAGUGUGGGUUUUGAACCAUUAUUCAGACAGACAGGAAAGGAUAUCCUUCUCAGAUUGUCAGAGCAUAAUGACAAUAUUGAAAACCUUAUGCAAAAGAUUGAAAACAUCUCUGAUUUGACAGCACACAGCUAUCAGGACAUGCAUGACAUCUGGAACAAAGUCUGCUAUGAAUCUUCCUUGAAAAGAAAGUGGAUUAAAGAGCUAGAUGAGAUAUAUGCCAAAUAUGAAUCUGAGAGAAAAGCUAUGAUUUCAGCAUUAUUGAGAAAGUCCACCACAAAACUGGAGAAAAUCAGUUAUUUGAUGCCAUGUGAUGUCCACAGACUGAUUGACAGUGAAGCAAUGAUGAUAAACCAAGCUCUGCUAGCAAAUCGACGUGCUUUGGCCAAACUGUGCUUGAAUUUGAUGGAGAAACAUUUGCAGAUGGACAUUUUCCAAAGGCUGAGAUGGGAGGAAAAGCUCCAAGAUUGGAAACAAAUAAAACUUAAUGACGCAGUUACCCGGUUCAGAGACGUUAUUAACAGCCCUCACAUUCAGAGCCCUAAAAACAUUCAAGAUACUCUGAGCACUUUGAAGUCAGAUCAGAAAACAGAGAGAGAUAAACGCAUCCAAACGCUGGAGAUGAUUAGAGACAUGAAGCCUCCAGGAAUCUCAAAGUCAUCAGUUGCAGAGUGGUAUUCAGCACUGUCUGUCAUCAAUGAGCAAAUAGGUCAGAAAAUGUGGUUCUCAUUACAGUCAAAGGGAGUUUUGCUGGUUACGAUAGUUAAGAAUCCUACCAGGGCCAUCGGAAUAUCAGACGUUAUUAACAGCCCUCACAUUCAGAGCCCUAAAAACAUUCAAGAUACUCUGAGCACUUUGAAGUCAGAUCAGAAAACAGAGAGAGAUAAACGCAUCCAAACGCUGGAGAUGAUUAGGAUAUUAACUUCUUUCAUUUCCUUCCCUCUGUCUGCUGUUCAUAAUAUGUUGAAUUUGUAUUUGUCUGCUCAGGCUUUUAAGAGUAACAUGCAGAAAAAGGCGAUUGACAGCAUGCUGAGUAAUUUAAAGGAAAUGAAUGCUGACUAUGACCAACCCAGGUCCAAUAAGAAGAUUGUAACCAUAGUGGAGAUAAGCAGUUUAACAACUUCUUUGAUGGAGGAACUAAAGAAGAGGUGUCAGUACCUUGACUGCUUCUUGGAUGCCUCUAUGGCUGUUCCCCGACCACAGACUCCACUUCAGGGGGCUUUUGCAGUUGCAGCUCGCCCUAGGUCCCGUAUACAGGAAAAAACAGGCAGUCCAGAUGGAGACGGCCUGCUCCAUCCUAGCCGCAUCGGAGUGUCCUUCCUGGAUGAUGCGGCGGUGGGGGUUAUCAAAGGCCUGCUCAAGGUAGGCAAAUCACAAGACCUCAAGGAGGCAAACUUUGACCCAAUAGAAAGACGCUCUUCAGCAGCAAGGUUAAACUCCCCUCUUGGAUCAGAUUGGAGGUCAGGAAAGAGCCCAAGUCAGUCUGGAAUAGAGACUCUGCGCAGAAAGUCAGUGGAGUCAAUGACCACCCAAAGUUUAAGGAGAUUCUCCAAACCCAAUCGCUUUGAUAAGAAGUUCCUUAUUUUUGGCUCAAAACCUGAAGAGCAGCAGGACAGUGUUCCAUUUAAAGCCUCGAUCACCAGUAUUCUGUGGAAAGCCAAUGAUAUUCUCCUCUUGGUGGCAGAGGAGUUCUAUAAGAAGAAAGAGCGCCGCUCUAUCACUCGGCCUGAGCAACUGCAGGAGACAUUUGAUCAGUGUGCAGAGGAGAUGCACAAAAGACUUCUUAUCUACCAGAGCCAGUCACAUGAUUACCACAACAGCUGUCUGCAAGAAUUUCAGCUGCAGUUGAAGACCAUUGAAGAGUUUUUGUGCAGCGUACCAGAGAAGCUGUUUUCUAAACUAAGAGAACAAUACCUUGAGGAGCUGACGCAAAACAUGAAAGAUAUUCAACACCAGUUUCAACUAGCUCAGCAGCAGCGUGAACAAAAGAGGAGGGAGCACAGUGGUCAGUUGAGUGUGCGUCUGAGCCAUCCGGCCUGUGAGACAGAACUGAAGCAACUGGUGCUGGCUGAGGAGGAGAGACAGACAAAGCAGAAACAAGCCAUCCAGAAUACCAGACAGGAAGUUCAGGCCUGUGCGCUCAAAAAUGCAGAAGAAUUUGUCACUGCUCUUGCCAGGUUGGCAGAGACCUUACUCUUCCAAUUCGAUAACCUCAUAACCAUUCAUGAGGUUCAAGUGGGAUAUGCUGAACAAAAGAAAGCGAAUAUUACUACACUCAUCCGCCAAACACAAACUGACCUUCUACUGGAAGACAAGAGCAAUACUCUGAUGCAGAAAGGCAGCAGAACAUGGUCAGGCAUUUGUUAUUUUGGAUCCACUGAUGGCAGCUCAUUUCAUAAACAAUCUCAGGAAACGGCCACCAUCACAACUGCUAAAACCACACUAGGGCAUCUUAAGGCCAUUGAGGAGCGAGACGCAGUGCAUGAGCACUAUGGGCAGAGGGUUCAGGAGGAGCUGUUCAAAGCCCAGCGAGAGUGUGACGCUCAGGAAAGACAGCUGCAGCUGUGGAAUGACCACUGGCAGAGUCAGCUAAAAACCCUCGCUUCACUCAACUCUGAAUGACCGUGAGACAUUUAUGAACACUGACAAUAUAAGCAGAGGCAUUAAACACCCUCAAAGAGAAGGGACACUACAUGGACUUGUCUUUCAACUGUGCUAACUCAACAUUUACACGCUAAUCUGUUCCAUGUUGUUGGAUUCAUGCAAGGAUUAAAAUAAUGGCUGCUAUGAAUAGGCUAAUACAAAGUUUGAUGAUAUAAAAAAUGUUUAUUCCAUAUUUUCAAGUUUAAUUGGUUAGUGUUGUGCAAGGAUUAAAUAAAAGCAAAUUCUAAUAAAUGCAACCCAUCUUAUUAGUUUUACAAGUCUCUAAAACAAUACAAUAAAAUUGCCAUACAAACAGAAUAAUAUGUGACCCUGGA